AUGAGGAGAAAUCAUGGGGAUAGCAUGGCUGGGGAAAAAAGCUUUCUCUAUGGAAAGUAGGAUUGAAGCUUGGUGGGGAUUUUUAAGGAAGAGUAUCGCCGACUGGUGGAUGCGAUUUUUUAAAGAUUUGACAGACUCAGGGUCACUUCGAUAACAGCAGCGUUAUCCAUGUGCAAUGCUUGAGGUUUUGCUUUAUGGGCUUAAUUCGAGAGGAACUGUAUAAGGUUGCAAAGAACUGGAACUUACACAAGAUACGGCCUUCUAAUGCAGACACACCACAUGGAAGGCCUGAUACACUUUUUUUUCUCCCAGAGGAGGCGGGAGCUACGGAUUUCCAAAAGGACGCUGACAUGAAUGAUCUGGAGGUAGCAGAGAACUCAGUACGUGGCAAGCGAUGUCAUCCUCUUGGUUGUUCACUAGCAUUCGUAUCAUUAGCAGAACUCAUUAUGGAGGAUAACGACUUACAUCUACCACAAGACCCAGACGAGGCAAAGUCUCUAUACUUAGACCUACUUUAUCAUAUCGACAACUUGUAA